CGUCUUCUGCUCGCGGUUUCAUCAGCUCGAAACUUGCUGCACUCCUAAUACAUUAUUUGACGACCUUUCCUCGUUGAAAAACCAAAAUAUAAAUAUGAUCUCGAAAGUGACAAUCGUCGCGUUCGUCUUGGUGGUGCUGGCGUCGAUGAGUGCGGCGCAGAGACCCUUUUACGCCGGCAGCAGGCCGUGGCACGACUAUUUGGGGCCCCAGACUGAAGCACCACCCUCAAACUCAAAUAACAACAUCAACAACAACAACGGCGGUGGACUUGGAGACCGCAACCAGUUCCUCACGCCCGUCGAGUCCGUCAGCUUCAGAUACUACAACAAUGUGCCCAUCGAGGGACCCGGCAUGCCGUGCGUCGGAUGCGUUUACAGGCUCACCAGCAACGGGUUUGUCAUGGUCAGGCCUUGAUGAGGGCAGAGAAGAGGAAAUUUCCUAUCGUUUUAUACAUUUUAUAUUCUGACUGAUAAUGAUUAAAAUGGAUAUUUAAAUUAAAAUAAAAAACGAGUUUUUUCUAGAA